CCCCGGCUCAGAUCCUACCAAUAAAACAUUUUUGAGGAGGAUAUCGACUGCAGCUGCGUCGGAAGACCAUGCAAAAAAUCACCAGGAGGUUUUGAUGAAGUAUACCAUAAUAAAGGUGAAUGAAGCCAACACACAUGCUUGAUCAAACCUGUCUAUAAAAUGAAUUGAGUAUUACCAGCCUGAGUUUUUCUUUAUAAUGAGUUCGGUGCAUCUUGGUGUCCCACCUGCAGAAAACCGUGUUAGCGAAAUUUUAGUAACGUCUGUGCCUCAACUCCCGGCCGCAAGACCCGACCCCUUGCCUGUGUAGCCGCGGGUUAGACUUCGAGUUCGAGUGUGCUGGGAUUUCAUCAAUGCGUCACACACAGUUUUGUGUUGAUCUGAAACUGGUCAAGGGACGUUUAUUUUAGGGCUUCCCAGAUCUUCAGAGAUGUCUGCAGGAGGAGGAGGAGGAAGCAAACGCAAAAGUGGACGAAGGAGAAAUAAACCAACAACAUGCAAGGACAGUUGUGAAAAUGCAGAUGAAGAUCUAAUUCAACUUGAAUGUCAAGAACAAGAGGACUCUCCAGGAACCUCACGUGAAGGCAAUGCAGGGUCAUCGACUGACAAGCCCAGCAGAGAUCAAUCAUCAAGAGACCUUUCGUCUUCCAAAUUUCCAUCUUAUUCCAAGAGAAAAGGCAAAAUCAGAUUAAAAGGCAAAAGCAGUUGCAGGGAUGCAGAUGACAAUGUCAGCCAACCAAAAUCUUGGCAACAUGAAGAUUCUCUGACAACUUCUGCCACAGUGUCGUCAACUCCCAACCUCGGCACUGAUCAGUCAACAAGAGACUUAUCAUCUUCAAACUUUCCUUCGUUUUCCAAGAAGAGAAAGAAAGGCCGGUCAAGAAAAGCCUCACAACAUGCCAACUCUCAACCUGAUCCAAAUUCUUCACAGCAAAAUGGACAAUGCCCAAGAACCAUUUUCAAGAAUUCACAAAGUGUCGGGAAUUUGGAGGUGUUGCAUCUGGGCAAUGCUGCCACAACCUCAACUUCCGGGACGAGUGGUAGUCCAGACGAUGGAGGUGUUCAGGCAGAUAGCCCAAAUAUUAAAAAGAAAGUGGCAGAGAUACCAGGGUUUUACUACGAUGAAGAGAAGAAGAGAUACUUCCGCAUUCUUCCUGGCCACAGCGGUGGUAACGUUGUGACUUCUGAGACCAUUCGUCAGAAAGCAGCCGAGAAGAAACGUCAAUGUUACUUUGAUAAAAGAUAUUUACCGGUAAUUAAGGGAUCCUUACGAAAGGUGCCAACUAUUAAAGUGGUGAAAUCUCUAGUUAAACUGCAGGAGAACAGAAGGAGAGGGAAUUGUAGAUCUUCUUACUUCAAGAGAGUGGCCCAUGAGAAUGCUGUAAGGCAGAUGGAGAUAAAACCAAGCAGUCGGGUGUGUCCAUUUCCUGAUCAGUAUUUCAGUGGUUCAUCGGGAUACAUCAGUAAAUUUGAGUUGGAUAGCAGGCAGAAGCAUGUUCUCAUGGUGUUUUCUGACAACUAUUUAAGCAGAUUGUGGCAGGGUGAGGUGGUGCGCAGGAGAAGUCCAAAGACCGGUCAAGAAGAAGUGACCAUCGCCAACUGGUCAAAGGUCAACAUCUUGAACACACAGAACACCUCAAAGGUAACUCAUGCAAGCUGGGCUCAAGUAAGGGAAGGAGAAAACAUGUAUGCACUAUAUGCUUUAUCUGGUGGAUCGUCAAACAUAGUUCAACUUGUCAAGUGUCCAACAGAUGAAGAUGGUAUUGCACAUAUAAGUUACAGCUAUAAAUGUAUCUCCAACUCUGCAUGGACAUGUGCCUGGAGUAAUAGCCCUACUCUUCCUGCUCAUCUAGCUAUAGGUUCUGAUAAGAAAGCACUAGUGAUUGACACCCUCUCAUCAAGGGACCAGCCUGUUUAUACAGGCCGAAGUGAUGUCUUUGCUCAAGCAUUUUCCAGAAAGAGUCCUAUUCUGUAUAAUGGAACCCGUUUUGGUGAGGUUCUUGGGGCUGAUCUGAGACUACCAUCUGAUCGCCAUGGUAACAUGACAACUCAGCUGAAGCAUUGGGUCUCAGUAUGCAGCCUCAAACUACUCAAAGAUGAAAACUAUGUCCUGGUCGGUGAUAUGGGCGGAGAGAUCAAACUUUGGGACAUCAGGAAGCAGAGUUCAAUCGUGCAAGAGUUCAAAGGUCACCGCAAUGGGAGCCACCAUCUUCCCGUCAAGAUGGACUCCUCAGAGACCAUCGUGUAUGCAGUUGGUCAGGAUAAGUACACCCGGGUCUGGAGCCUGAAAUCCGGUGACCAUCUCCACACCAUACCCUGUCCGUCGGCCCGCCACAGGGACAGCGCCCCCGUGGCCGUCUACUCCCAAGAGUUCAGUUGCCACGCCCAACCUGGCUUCUUCCUCGGCCAGGAGAGGCAGAUACAUUGGUAUCCAAUGAGGACUCCAGAAUCCCUUGACACCGAGAUCGGAUGAAGGAGCGAUAGAGUGGGAGCUUCGUGGUCCAGUGGUUCUGCUGACUUUUGCCAUUCAUUCAGAGGGUCGUGGGUUCCAAUCCCAGCCAUGGAGUUGAGUUCCUUCAGUAAGGGAUUUAUCCACCACAUUGUGCCGCACUCAAGCCAGGUGAGGUAAAUGUGGAUACCUUGCAGGAAGUAGUCAUUCAUGCCUGUAUGCCUAUGCACCUUGAAGGUAGCCGGCUACGGGCAGGGUAAUAUUGACAAUAAAGUGCCUUGAGAACUCUAAAGAGUGGAUAUGAGUACUUUAUUGUUUGCAUUAUUAUUAUUAUUAUUAUGAUUAUUAUGAUUUCAUAGUGCAAGACCGUCCUUCACUUUGAUUUCCUUUGUUUUCCUGACAGCCUUUUUCCUUUAGUAAUAAGCCAGUAUAAUCUGCACAUGGACAGUAAAUGUCCUAUGAACCAAAAACCCAUCCAGAAAAGGAAGACUAUUCUAUGGAAUACUGGUUGAUUGAUGGCUGUUUUUGCAAGAGCUCAAAGAAAGAACAAUAGUUUGGUAGUCACUAUUCCACAGGAGACCCCGUCUGUGAAUAGUUCGUGCUCAUCUGCAUCAAAGUUUACUAUAAACUGGUUUGUGUGUGUGGGAGUGGGUGUGUGUGUAUUUGAGUUUUGUCAGACGUGUAUCAAUCAGGUAUGAUUAUUUACGUCUGGGACCGACCUUUAACGUCACCAUCCGAAAGAUGUGGCCAGGGCUCGAACCUCUGCAUCAAUUUUGAACUUCUGCGCCUCGGAAUAGUUCACUGGAUCGAUGGCACAUAAUGAACGCUGUUCUAUUAUUAACUCCCCCACAUAGCUUGGCUUACAGGCGCACGCCACAAUGCCCAGUUGUGGUGUAUCACAAACCGAAGUAUUAUCAUGAGAAUCAAACGCAAGUAUGCAGGUUAUAUAUUGGGUGAAAGUGAAUAAUAUCCCAUUUACACAUGGACCGGUUUCAUUGAGUCGGCCUCACGGUGGCAUCAAGCUGUCUCCAAAAAAAAAAGAAAAAUGUACACAUAGCAGAAAAGUCGGCUUGACGCUGCCUUGAAGGUGACUUGACGACCCCCUGUUCACACAUACGGUACGGCUGCCCACAUCAGGGCCACUUGAAAGCGAGCGACACCGAGGUCAAUACAACAUAGCUAGAUCAAUGAUUGCGCAAGCUUAUGAUGAAGUGACUCCCACGAGCCAACCCCAGUUCGCUUUGUGUUUACACAUACGAGCAGCCGCCACCUCGAAGGCGACCUCAAACCACCUCAAGAGGUGGACCGAAAUCGGGGCAGCUUCAAGGCAGCGUCAAUCCACUAGAGUGUUUACAUAUACGUUCAAGGCAGCAUGAGGCCGGCCUACCGCCACCUUCACUCGUACGUGUAAAUGGGGUCUAUUAAAGUCUGCAACAUUCUAAUAAUCCUACCUAGCUGUCAGGCAGGUAACAAUACAUGUAUAAAUGAAGGCGAAGACUUGCAUACAUUUCUAUAGAAGUUGAUCUAGAGAUACCAAAUGGUGGAAGAUGAAAUGAUAAUGAUGAUAAAAAUAAUAUGUUCAUUUAUUGAGUUGUUUCAGAACGUUUGACAAGAUGACUGCAUUUUUAGUGAACUAGUGCAUUAAGCUUUAUUUGAAUUCCAAGCUCCUUUGUAACUCAAGAUAAGAAUGCAAUUAUAUUAUAGAUAUAUACAUUGAAGGAAGAGUCUUUUAUUGAAAGAUAAUUCAUACUCUGUCUUAAUUCAUCUCCAAUUUCUUUUUAUGUGCUACAUCAAAAAGAAGCAUGUACUUCAUUGCUCUUGUGCAAUUAUGUAUUGUUCUUUUUUUUUGUCAAAGAUGAAUAAACAUAUUUUUUGUUGACAUAACA